CCGUUCCGUUUUGCUUGAAUCCGCCUCUCCGUACUCGUUCGUAUUGACGCACUUAAAGACUCUUCCCUCAACCUUAAGGCAAGCAGCAACGACCAAUCACUAAGCCAUUACAGGCUUCAGAGCACGCUGUUUAUGUGACUCAGGCGCUAAUUAGGCUCAUGAACUAACAAAUCGCACAACUGGUGAGGAGCCGAUCACAUCCAUGGAUUGUCUGGAGAAGUCGACCACGUCUAUCACGAUGUAUCUGUGUGUCUUCGAAAGAUUUUAAGACAUCUUUUCUUCUUCGAUCGCUAACUUAUUUAUUGCUGAGUUAACUUUGGUCCGGGGUGUGGAGUAUUUCUGAGCGGCAGCGCGUGAAUCUGUUUCACUUUAACUGGAGAAUCUUCACUGGUAAACCAUGUUUCAGCCCACACCGAAGAGGUGUUUUACUAUAGAAUCUUUGGUCGCGAAGGAUAAUCCUUUGCCAGCGUCGAGAUCCGAGGAGCCCAUACGGCCAGCCGCUCUCAGCUAUGCAAACUCAAGCCAGAUGAAUCCAUUUUUGAACGGUUUUCAUUCCAGCGGCAGGGGCGUCUACUCAAACCCGGACUUGGUGUUCGCUGAGGCAGUUUCGCAUCCCCCCAACUCCGCCGUGCCAGUGCAUCCAGUUCCUCCUCCACACGGGCUAGCCGCUCACCCCCUCUCCUCGCACAGUCCGCACCCUCUCUUCACCAGUCAGCAAAGGGACCCUUCCACAUUCUACCCCUGGUUAAUACAUAGAUACAGAUAUUUGGGACACAGAUUUCAAGGAAACGAAACGAGUCCGGAGAGCUUUCUUUUGCACAAUGCCCUCGCGAGAAAGCCUAAAAGAAUUCGAACGGCAUUCUCGCCUUCACAGCUGCUACGGCUCGAGCACGCUUUCGAAAAAAAUCAUUAUGUCGUCGGUGCGGAACGAAAACAACUGGCUCACAGCCUUAGCCUUACAGAAACUCAGGUAAAAGUUUGGUUUCAGAAUCGAAGAACGAAGUUUAAACGCCAGAAACUCGAGGAGGAGGGUUCAGAUUCACAGCAGAAAAAGAAAGGGACGCAUCACGUAAACCGAUGGAGACUGGCCACGAAACAAGGCAGCCCCGAGGAAAUUGACGUCACCUCAGACGAUUAAAAGACUUGAAGUGUUUGAACCCAGGACAACAGCGUGGCUUGAAGGAUGACACGGAAAAGGAUGGUGUGCACGGACAGAGAGAAAGAGAGUGAGGGUAGAGCCAAUGUCACGUUUCGAUUCUUCGGAGUUCGGCAGCCUGAGGGUGAGAAAUCCUAUUGGUGGCAUUGCUGUCCCGACAAGGGAACUGUCAAUACUUUUCACGUUGCCAAGGCAAGAUGAUUGACAGGUAUUACAUGUUCACCCACCCCCGCACCAACUCAUCACCCACGAACCCCCUAUAAAACCAUAACUCUCAUGCGCGUAGGACAUUUGCACUUCUAAGAAUUCUACUAUUUAUUUUUUUUUUAUUUUUUGCAAAACAUGAACGUUCCACUCCAAGAUACCAAAAUAUACAGCUGUUUUUGUAAAACUUGAAUCGCAUGGUAGAGCAAUGAAUUUUUGAUAGGUGAUUUAAUUUGACCUUCUUGCAAAGUUUUUUUGUUUCGAUUCUAUUUUUUAACCUGAAAAAUGUUAUGUGCUUCUUCCAUUUUUUACGACAGUGUGCAGUCUUUGAAUUUAUAAUUAUCGUGUUCAAGUGGUUGUGAAAACAAUACGAAGUAGCAGUGCUGCGUUAUAGUGUUUUUAAAUAAGUAAAAAAAUCUAAAUGAAAACAAACAUUUUCAAGCUUUAUAAAAGUUCACCACGAAAACAUACAAUGAAAAAUAAUAUUGACAUUCCUUGACAGUUAAGCUUUACCUUUUUCCAUAUGUGUGGUGCGAGCAUAUCGGGACUCACCCCUCAUUUAAAGAGCUGCCAGGAAGGACUAAUGCAAGAAGUGCCGCCUAGGCAGUGAAACUUCAAGCACUGAGCGUAUUCCAUGUACAGAGAUACUAAAAGCUAAUGUUUCUGUUAAAUUCUCUUUUACCAGAAUGUAAAUAAUUUUGUGUUUGUGUUAAGUUUGCUACAAUUUUAACACAAAAUAUACUUCCAAGAAGUAUAUAAUUGUCAAU